CUCCUGUUGUCGACUCGUCGGGAUACAGCAGCACCGCUGACCUGCCCGACCAGACCUCCAUAACUCUGAGCGGGUUUUUAUGCUUCCGCCUGCAGGUUUGAUCCGGACACCGCGUCCACAGAGCUACUGCUGACAGAACCUUGCAGUUUGUCCACAGGAAGAAAAAAAAAUGGAUUUGCUUCCAAACUUGUGGAGACAGGAGUACUGGCUUCCACCUGGUGUGACCUGGAGAGACCUGGAGCAGCUGCCGGACUCUGAGAGACCUCAUCCCAAGGAUCUUCUGAUCGCUCUGCCCCUCGCUCUGGGCUUUGUCGCAGUUCGCUGCGUGUUUGAGAGGUUUCUGGUCCCGCCCAUCGCCAGAUGUCUGGGGGUGAAGAAUAGAUUGCAAGUGAGCGCCGCCCCCUCCCCUCAGCUGGAGUCGUAUUACUGUCACAGGAGCAAACAGCCGACACAAAUUGAACUUGUCAGUUUAAUGGUGUUAUGUGGAAAAACCCAGAGACAGAUUGAGAGCUGGUUCAGAGUUCGCCGGAACCAAGAUCGACCCAGUCAAACCAAGAAGUUUGCUGAAGCUGCUUGGAGGUUCUUCUUCUACCUAUCAGCAUUUUUAGCUGGACUGACCUCCUUAGUCAACAGACCCUGGUUCUGGGAUCACAGGGAAUGUUGGAGGCAUUAUCCUAUUCAGCCCUUAGAGGAAGCUCAUUUCUGGUACUACAUGCUGGAGUUGGGAUUUUAUGGCUCUCUGGUCCUCCGGAUCUCCGUGGACGUCAAAAGGAAGGACUUUAAGGAGCAGGUGGUCCACCAUUUGGCGACCAUCUUCCUGCUCGGUUUCUCCUACUGUGCCAACUACAUCCGCAUCGGCACCUUGGUCAUGCUGCUUCAUGACUCGUCUGACAUAUUGCUGGAGUCGGCUAAGAUGUUCAACUACGGCACCGGCUGGAGGAAGACAUGUGACUCUCUGUUUGUUGUGUUUGCUGUGGUCUUUCUUGUGACUCGACUGGUGAUUUUCCCCAGCAGAAUCAUUCGGACCACCCUGCUCCUGUCCAUGGAGGUCUUUGAGCCUUUUGCUGGCUACUACCUUUUUAACAUCCUGCUGAUGGUGCUGCAAGCUCUUCACGUAUUCUGGGCUGUGCUGAUCUUGCGCAUGGUCUACAAGUUCCUGAAAGGCAAGCUUGAAAAAGAUGAGCGCAGUGAUGAAGAGAGUGAGGCUGACUUGGAGGAGGAGGACAAAGCAAAAGAAGAAAAGACGGAUCAAGGAGGGGAUUGUUACUGGGGAAAAAGUAAAGAAACUCUGAACUGCAAACUGUCCGCGCUGACCAACAGUUGUGUCCUCAAUAACUUGACCCACCACAGAUCCUCUGUGGCUAAUAGAGCACGUAAAGCUCAGUAAAGCUUUUGUUUUAUGCUUAUUUUUAUGACUGAUCCAUUUAGCUUUGUACAGAAAACAAUGGACUAUGAAGAUGCUAUGGAAAUGUAGCUGGUUGUAGCGCUCAUGUUGUAAGAGAUAAUUUUCUUAUAUGACAUCUCCUGUCCUUUGGUUUCUCCUGAAAGCACUAACAGAGAUGGUUCUUUUGCCUAUCUUCUUCCACAUAGACAGAUAGUCUGUUAUGCUUCUGCUGCACAACUCAGCUUAUAAUUGUUAUUUGGUUGGAGAAGAAUGUAUUUUUCAUAAAAAUGUUUAAGAUUUUACUUUUAAGACCCACUGCAGUUCACAUGUAGAGAGAUUUCAUUUGGCAAUGGGACAGACUGACAGAGAUACAUGGAAUCUGAGCAUAUAUAUGAUUUUAUAAUUUAUUUAAAAAUCUGCUAAAUCUACUGAAAUGCAGCUUAUCUUUUCUAUGACAUUUAUUAUUUGUAAAAUAAAUGAAACUAUGAAGCACUUUCAUCUCACAAAGAAAGAUUGUAACAUAUACUUUGGACAUCUGUUAACACUGACGUAUUGUUUUUGAUGUUUAGAAAUGAUACAAGAACAGCUUCACAAACACAUACUGUAUGUGCCUGUAAUUUCAGCAUCCC